AUGGAUCUUUUUGCGCGCGCACGUAGUGCCAUUGAUCACCGCAUAUUGUCGGCUGAUCCACAGCGCUGCCACGAGAGCGAAAUGUUGGACACCCAGGAAAGUCACGAGCAGAACAAGGAUCUUAAAGUGAAUGAUCCGCUGACCAAGGUACACGCGCUCCUGGACGAAAUGCUUGCUUGCGCGUCUUGGGGUGAGAAGGAGCAUGAGGGAGAGGAACGUCGCCUUCUCAACGAGCUGCAGACUUGUGUGCUGGAUGCUGAGAGUCACCGCGUGCUUGAGCAACUUCCGAAGCGUAUGUGUGCUUACGAAUUCAAGCCUGGGGAUAUCGCGUGGAACUGCAAAGUGUGCCAGGUGGACGAGACGUGCGUAAUGUGCAACGACUGCUUCAUAUCUAGUGAUCAUGAAGACCAUGAGGUUUUCUUCUACUACACGCACAGCGGAGGUUGCUGCGACUGCGGAGAUACUGAAGCAUGGUCGCCAGAAGGCUUUUGUACUCACCAUAAGGGAGCACAAGAUGCAGAUCCACUAAGCUUUUUACCACCUGAUCUGCUAGUGCAAUCUCGAAAUUGUAUUGGCAUAGUGAUGACAUUGGUGCUUAAUUCUAUUAACGAGGCCAGACAGGGCUCGAUUAUUAAUGCAGAUGAUCUGGAGGCCAUGCGCGAUAAAUUGGGGAGUGAGGUUCCUGAAAAAUUAUACUCAGUAAUUGUGCAUUACAACGAGCUACAGACAUCACAGGAGUUUGCGACGGCUCUUAAUAAGGCUCACCCUGCUAUUGCCUAUCAAAUGCUUAAAAUUGUAAGCGAAACAUCGUCGCAGAAACAAAGCACUGUACGGACAAAAGCCUCUCGCGAGGAUGUGUUGGAGCUUGCGGCAUCAUUGCACAAGCACGGGAUUGUCACUUCUAUUGUAUCAUGCGAUUAUAAAUCAAGAGUGCCUCUGAUCAAUUCUUUGCUUCAAUGGCUUGCUUCACUUGCUAACCUUUCCGACAGUCUUUGUCGACUAAUUUGUGAAAAGAUGUGUGCUGUUGACAGUUUAGAGCACGACGAGAGCAGCAUGGAAGUCGACGAGGUAGACGAUUACCCGAUGCUUCGUGGUGUCAUUAUGGCAGAUUCCUUCUUGCCAAAAACUGAAAGCGACGCUCUUCACAGCUUGUUAAUGGCUCUAUUGGCCGACCCUUUGUUCAAACAAGCGUUUGCGAUCUCGUUUACGUCGUCGUAUCGCCAAUUAUAUCGAGAAUUCGCUGCGGGAGUUGGCAGCUCGACUUCUACAAUAUUAGCAUUCAGUGUGCAAUUCUUUAACCGAGCAACAUUUGUGAAAAAAUUGGUUGCCGAGUACGAUCUUCUGGAAGUACUUGUAAACUCUGUUCUUGAGACCCUGCGCAAGAAAAAAAGAACACAAUUCAUCGACGUUGCUUUCGAUAGGACUUGGGAUAGCAUGACACGGAUAUUGCAUCCUGACCGCAAUCGAGAACUUGAUCUCUGGGAUGUUUUCGCAAUGGGUAUCCAGCGCGCGCAAGGCUCAACAUUGCAAGACGUUGAUGUGAACGCUCUCGUAUUAGAAGCUGAACGCGCUGAAUAUCGUAUCAGGCAUCAUAGUGAGGUGUCACCAUUCCUUAACUUGCCUCCAGAAACUGAGCUAACGGGGCGUUUCGAGCUCGACGUCGAUUCGCCAGUAUUCGUAUGCCGCCGGUACAUGUCAGGUUUGUUGGAUUUGCGCUAUGUUUUGCAGAUUGAAGGAAUUUCAGAGACUUUUGUGCUGGAUAAAGGGGGAUUCGGCUUAUCUCGUUUUUUGCUGUAUCUUGCUUUUAUUCAAAGCGCGUGUUCUGAAGCUCGACGCUUUGGAGACCACAUUGAGAUGGAGGGGCGUGGAUGGGUCGUGACGGUGGAGUUUGUAUCCACGACCUUAGACGUGUCUUCAUGGAUCGUGUCGAAUGCAUUCAAGGCUGCUGGAGCACCUGAUAAAAUGAGAAAUUUGGAAACCUCACGACAUUUGAUUGCCAAAUUUGCUAAGCCUAUUUUAGAGGCGUAUUUCUUCUGGCUGGCCUCGUCCGGAAAAUACUUUCCUCCGUCAGAUUAUCAAGUGGGAGAUACUCUUCGAGCAGACCAGAUUGAGACAAGUGUGUCCUGCCAUUUCCCACUUCAACGCACACUUUCUCAACUGAUUCGUGUUUUAAGUGAUUCGACAAAUGGAUUGGAUACUUUUCUGUCGAUGGUUCAUAGCCGAGUAUUGGUAAGCAUGGAUCCGAUGUGGAUUCACGAUGUUGACAGCCCUAUAGGUUUUUGGCACCGCGUCCAUUUGAUUGAACCAGUUCUCCAAGCAAUCGUAUGGGAUGCGCAAGUGCACUCAGGCAUGUGGAUCCGUAAUGGUAUGUCAGUGAUCAAUCACAGCAUGAACUAUGGUGAACCGCCAUUUUGUGCUCGAUUUCGUGAUCUUGAUUUGCUAUUGCUGCAGUUUAGCUUCCAGAUUUUAGGGGUGGAUUGGAUCAUGGCAUCAAUCAUAGAGCGCUUUGACGUGGAGGAGUGGUAUGAAGCAACUCACAGCUCUGAUGCAAAGGAGGCAGAGCUUAUGGUGACCGAGUGUCUGACACUGCUCUCCCAGCUCGCGUCCGAACUUCCGCCCAAGAUUUCAGACGAUGAUGCAAUUCGUAGUUUGAUCCCGUACUUGCGUCGUGAGAUUGUUCAGCGCCUUUGCGUCGGUCCAUGCGCUCACAGUGACUUAUCCAAGAUCGCAAACGAAUUUUUUGCGAGUCGCGAAAACUUACUUCCGACUAAUUUUUCUGGAGGUUCCAUUCUUGAUCAUAUUCUGCAGGAGGUUUGCGUCGAGGCCGGAUUUUCGCUAUCCCCUGGAGUUGGGGACUCGUCUGCGCCAGGAGGAGGUAAGUUCCAGUAUCGUUUGAAGCCGGAACUAUAUGCAGAAUACAAUCCAACGUUUGUGCACUUAACGCGCAAACAGCACGAAUCAGCUCAUGAGAAUUGGUUCCAACAUCGCCUGCGCUCAUCAAAAAAGAGGGAGCAAGAACAAGUAGACGACAGCCCAAAUAACACGCACUCAACCUGGCUUGAUUUCCCAAUGGUGAAUAUGUUUCUGCCGUGUCCGCUAGGCUUUCGAUUAUCUAGAGUAUCGGUUUUGCAUGAAGAUGUGCGAAAACUUGUGUACGAGUCGUUAUGGCGUGCUACAACCGAUUCCCAUUGUAGCCUGAGUGUUCUAUCACGAGCUGUACACUUGUUUACGCUACAAUUGUAUGUCGUAGAGGACGUACAUUACUUCCAGACAAUGAUUCCUGCCUCAGACGCUGAAAAGUUUGAACGUGAGCGAGCAUCUCGAAUAGCUGACGAUUUUAUUGCUAGCAUUGCUCAAGAACAGCCCAGCUUAUUCUCUGAUGCAAAGCCGCGCUGUGCAAUUCUGAACCUUCUCCUCAAGCUGAAUCCGUGGUCCAGCCAUGGGGGAAGUGCAAGCAUGACAAAGCUGGACGGCGAUCAAAAGCACGAAAUCGGUCGUGGAAUUGACUGGCUUCUGCAUCGACUGUCCCGCAUUAGCCCUCAAUGCCGGAACGUUGUGCAAAGGCACCAGGUGACGGAGCAAGAAUCGCGCGAUGAAGCUGCACGCAAGUUGGCCUUGGCACAGCGACGGAAAGAGGCACAAACACGUGCAUUAAUGCAGAUGCAGCAGCGGCAAGCGGCUUUUGCAGAGCAAAUGACUGCGAUGGCAAAUGAAAGCGAUUUUGCUGGUGAAGAAGAAGUUGGCGUAGAAAGCGAGCGUGGAAAGCACGCACAUGACGCAUCUGAUUCUAUCGUGAUUGACGGUGAUUUCGAAAUGGAAGAGGGCAAGAGUACGAUGGGCAACAGCAAACCCGCGGUAGAAUGCGCUAUGUGCCACUCGGGAAACCCUGAAAACAGCUUUAUGUGCUACGUUGGCUUUGCCCAAUGUUCACCUGUGCUAUCUCGACUGAAUGGUGGUUCACAUGGACACUAUUUGAGUACACCCAUGGAUGAGAUGCACGUUGGUGAAGACAUUCCCGUACAUGUACGUCUAUGUGGACACUCUGUGCAUCACAAGUGUUGGGAAUCAUACCACACGUCACAAUUUCAGCGGGCAAUAACUGGUGGACAUCAUCGUCACGCAUUAAAUGCUGUUGAUGUCACAAAAAAAGAGUUUCUUUGCCCGUUGUGCAAAUCGAUUUCAAAUGUGCUCAUUCCAACGUUAACUGACGAACAAAGUAAUUUCCUGCCAGUAUUGAAGCGCAGGGUAUCGGUUGAUGGAUCUAUUGAGCCAGUUUUAGCUUCAGUGUCGCAUCUUGAAAUGUUGCGCUGGUUGGAACGUUCUGUUGGAAGAGGUACUCAGAAGUAUACGACGACUGCCAUUUCAUCGAAUGAGAUUAGAGAAGAGAACGCGAGUGCGUUGCUGUUGGAGCAAAAACCAGUUUCAACAUUAACGAGUGAUACAGGAACCAGCGAAUCGCAUCAACUGAACAAGUGGCUUGAGGACGGUCUUGCAUCGCUAUGCAUGGCGAUACAUAAGGUGGCUUGCGGUGCAAUGCAAAAGUCACAGCCGGAGCGCUACGCCAGUUCUGGUUGCAACGCACUCUUUCACACUCUGCUUUGUUCGUUUCUCGAUACGCAACAUACAGACCAGAUGCGGGAGUAUCUCUUUUUGGAAGCAAUGCGCUUUUUACCACUGAUGCUUGGGCAUGUCAACACACGCGUUCCUGCCAAUGCUUCAGUUACUCCGACAACUGUGUAUAAUAGAAUUCUUCAUUUAUUAUUUUAUGGCGGAUCUGACGUUCUUUCGAAUGGAACUGUUGUGCUGGAGGAUGAGCAUCCCAGUACGCAGACUCAAACGCGAAAACAGAGCCAGUGGGGUAAGGUGCGGUGGCCACAAAAACCGCUGCUGCUUAAUCACUUGGGUAGCGUGUUGAUGAAGGGAUUACUUUUGGCAACAAACGAGGAAGAUGCAGUCUUCAUCGCCCGGCUUGUGGUGCUUGCCCGCCUUGUUCAAACAUUGUUGUGGUACGCAAUCACCCGAAAAGAAGACUUCACGAACGCAAUGACAGAUAAUUUGGUGUAUUCGGAGGACAAUGUUGCGUGUUUCAUAACUUGUUUUUCCGAUGAAUACGCGAGCUGUAUCGAUGCUGACAAAACGUACCAAACAAGCCGUGAGGACGCUGUAGGUAGUGAUCUAAAAUCACUUUUAGAAGCCCUGAUGCAUUGUUGCGAUGGCUACUUUGAAGCAGAACCAAUCGCGGAUACACGUCAGCUCUUAAAUGUUGUAGCGUGCGAGGUCAUUCCUCUUGCGAAAACGGCAACAUUUAUGAUUCUGUCACUGACGACUCGGACUACAGUGGCUUCAAAACCAAUAUUUAUUACGCAAGAAGACAUUCGGUCUGUUGGAUUUGUGAAGUUGAGUGCAAUGCGUCUUUUUGACUACGAAGAGAGCAGCAACCGAGUGCAGACGAAACUCACUCAGCUUGUGUUUACUUGGGUGCGUCGUUUCAAAGCUGCAUAUGAAGAAAUGAGCGACCCUCACUCCAUUUUACAGCAAUGGCUUGCAACCACCAACGUGGACCAAAGCCCACAUCUGGUGCUUUCAUCUCUGCUGAGUCGGGACCUUCACACAAUGCAUUCGACUAUCUCGGUCUUUUCCUCGGGCGCCAAUCGUACAAGGUAUCUCCGUUCGCUACCGCGUCCUUACGUAAAAUUUUACUCGGAGCUAGCGAAGCGCAGGUGUCAGGCUUGUCACCAAUUUCCAGCGCGUCCUGCUGUGUGUUUGCUGUGUGGAAUGCUGCUCUGCGCCGCCAACACGUGCCCGUCGAUCCAUUCAGAAAAAGUUGGGUAUCCUGACGAGGCUAAUCCUGGUGCAUGCACUGUUCAUGCAAAAAAGUGUGGGCGAGGUAGUGGCAUGUUUUUGCUGGUGCUGGAGGGCGCAGUACUGCUUGUGUAUUGGAAGCUAGCAGCGUACGUGGGCAGCCUUUACAUAGACGAGUACGGUGAGGAAUUUGGCGAGCGCAAUCGCGAAUUGAGCAAAGGCCGUCCGCUUUACUUGAAUGAGGAACGAACUGAGCGGUUAUUGCGAUUGUGGCUGCGUCAUGAGAUUCCCAACGAAGUUGUUAAAAUCCAGAACAGCUCUGAGCGCGUUAUCCGCAACAGCCACUACUAA